CCGGACUGCGCCUGCGCAAGUCAUUUGGCGCCAAGAUGGCGAUGGAGAUGAGGCUUCCCGUUGCUCGUAAGCCUCUUAGCGAAAGCCUGGGCCGCGAGACUAAGAAACACUUGGUGGUGCCGGGGGACACGAUCACCACGGACACGGGCUUCAUGCGGGGCCAUGGAACCUACAUGGGGGAAGAGAAACUCAUUGCAUCUGUGGCUGGCUCUGUGGAGAGAGUAAACAAGUUGAUCUGUGUGAAAGCUUUGAAAACCAGAUAUAAUGGUGAAGUAGGAGACAUUGUCGUGGGGCGAAUCACAGAGGUUCAACAGAAGAGGUGGAAGGUGGAGACCAACUCUAGGCUGGAUUCAGUCUUGCUUCUCUCAUCCAUGAACCUUCCUGGAGGAGAGCUGAGGAGAAGAUCUGCAGAAGAUGAGCUGGCAAUGAGAGGCUUCUUGCAGGAAGGAGACCUUAUCAGUGCUGAGGUGCAGGCCGUGUUCUCUGAUGGAGCUGUCUCCCUGCACACGAGGAGUCUAAAAUACGGAAAGCUAGGUCAGGGUGUUUUGGUCCAGGUCUCCCCCUCCCUGGUGAAACGGCAGAAGACUCAUUUCCAUGACUUGCCUUGUGGUGCCUCAGUGAUUCUGGGUAACAAUGGCUUCAUCUGGGUCUACCCCACCCCUGAGCACAAGGAAGAGGAUGCAGGGGGCUUCACUGCAAACCUGGAGCCGGUGUCCCUUGCUGAUCGAGAGGUGAUCUCCCGCCUUCGGAACUGCAUCGUGUCCCUCGUAACUCAGAGGAUGAUGCUGUACGACACCAGCAUCCUGUAUUGCUACGAGGCAUCUCUGCCGCAUCAGAUUAAAGACAUCUUAAAGCCUGAAAUAAUGGAGGAAAUUGUGAUGGAAACUCGCCAGAGACUUUUAGAACAGGAGGGAUAAGGAGAAGCAUCUGAAGAACAGGACUGUGUGUACCUGUCUGGAGUAAUUCUUGAAAGUGAAGACCCUGAUUUGUGGUCCUGUGUGGGGCUCAGCAAAGCCCUGGGACUGGGAGACUCAUCACUGGACCUACGUCAGGUCGCCUCCAGCCCACAGACCUGCUUUCUUAUGUUCAAAGGCAAAGCCUGAGAGAGGUGAAUCGCACUGCUGGCCCCUGGGCCUGCCUGCAGAUCCCGGCAUUAGGGUUAUUUGGGGUCUUUAAAAGCUCGCAGGGUUCCAGCUGAGUGGACUCCCUUCCUGGAAUAAUACGGCAAAUCUUUUACUCUCCAUCAAUUCACAAGGCACAAGGCCCCGUGAAAUUGCCCCUCUCAAAACAUGGCCGCCCUGACCCCCAAAUUGUCUGUUUUGGCUUCCAUUCCCACCUCCUCUACAACACAAAUACAACAUUGAAGAAUAUAGUUGAUAAACGUAACCCAGCAGUCAAAUAGAAGAAUAAAGGCAGCCAAGCAGCUUUCUGCUUGGCUGGGUCUUAUUUCCCAUUGCAUGCUCCCUUGUCGGGAUAGAUACAACUAUACCUACACUGGCUGCCUUAAUCUGUCCUGCCUGUGAGGGUGAUUUGUAAGAAGUUGAAUUAUUGGUAAUAGAAUGAAUGUUUUGGGUGCUCUGAUAAACAUGAAAUCAGAGUAGGAAAAAUGGAGAUGGGAAAAGAAAAGCUAGUGUUCUAUAAUUGAAGUAGUAAUGCAUUAACUUUUGAAUAAUUUCAGGUUGAAAGAUAAAACCAAGCUGCUGAAGUUCUCACUGGGAAUGCUAGAAUUUGUAUGCAUUGGUUUUUUGUUGUUUUUUUUUUAAAUUUUUUAUUGGGGAAUAUUGGGAAACAACAGUGUGUUUCUCCAGGGCCCAUCAGCUCCAAGUCGUUGUCCUUCAAUCUAGUUGUGGAGGGUGCAGCUCAGC